UGUUCUUCCGGGUCACGGUACAGAUUUGUCAAAUAGCCCCUGCAUGGCAUGGUUGUCAGGAUUGCCUUCGAUUGGGUGGACAUUUUUUUUUAUCAGCCUGUAACAGAAGUUAAACCGUCAGCGUGACGAGCGAUCCCAUCUUCUCCGUCCCGUUGAACAGCUGUCCCGCCUCUCGGAGAGCAGACUUCCCACAUUUGUCAUUGCUCGGUUAGCUCACGAGUUUAACGUUGCUCUUUUGAAAAUGGCGGAUCUACCACCGGAGAAGAGCCUGGACGAUUUCUUCGCCAAGCGGGAUAAAAAGAAGAAGAAAGAAAAAGGAAAGGCCAAAGAGUCCGUCGCCGGGCCCACCUCGGGUGUGAUAAAGAAGACCAAGAGGGAGAAGGAAAAAACCACAAAAAACGACAAUCAAGAUACGCAGAUUGAAAAGAAGGACGAGGAAUGGAAAGAGUUUGAGCAGAAAGAAGUUGACUACAGCGGGCUCCGGCUCCAGGCUUUGCAGAUAAGUGACGAGAAGGAAGAGGAGGAGUACGAGAAGGAGGAGGUCGGCGAGGAUGGAGAGAUCAUUCUGGUCAGCGGAGACAAGGUGUCCGGUCCCUGGAACAAGUCCGGUGCUACACCGACUCCUGCUGCUGCUGCACCUGUCGAGGAAGUAGAGGAGCCUGAGUCAAAGCCUUCUGGCGUAUAUCGCCCCCCGGGGGCUCGGCUGACCACCACCAGGCGAACCGCCACCCAGGGGCCUCCUGAGAUCUUCAGCGACACACAGUUCCCCUCUUUAAUGGCCACCUCCAAGCAUGUGGAGACACGCAAGGACAGAGAAAUGGAGAAGACCUUUGAGGUGGUGAAACACAGGAACCGCGGUAGAGAGGAGACCGGCGGUACCGCCUCUAUGCAGCACUUGCAGCUCGACAACCAGUACGCCAUCCUGGGGGACAAGUAGAACCGCUCCCCUCCGUCCCCUGGCCCCUUCAGCAAGGUCCGGCCCAGCCCCUCGAAGGAAGCUGAACUCCAGCUGUGUUGACUGCAGUCCUGACGGAGCUCAUCGUGCCACCAUCACCACACUGGUUACUCACACACACAGCCUCAUAUACAUGCACCACAUACAGUGACACUCCCUUUAAAAAUCGAAGUAACACACUUUACAGACAUUGGUUGGCAAAACUGAAGGACUGCGUCUGAAGGGGCUGUUGAAAGAGGGAAUAAUUGAAAAGGAAUUGGCAAAAAUACACCCAAACGUACAAAACUGCAGCAGCAACAGCAGACUUUGUGGAUUGUACUCAGAGCAGCAGUUGUGUGGCGCAACUUUUCUCUGGACUUCAACUUGCUUCGAUAAAGCCACAGAGGAUAACUUUAGGCGAGAUGAUUUUACAAACUCCUGUGAAAAUAUCUAUUUUUUUGCAAGAUUGUUAUGACCCAAUCGCACAUGGUAUUUUGGGGUGUUUUUUUUGUUGUUUUUUUGAGUUACGGUGGGGAGCUUCGUGAGAUACCACAGCAGCAUAGCUGGUGGUGACAAUGUGGACUGAGCUCUCUUUUUCUUUUCUUUUUUUUUUCUGCUGUGGUGGCAAACAGGGCAAACACCAGCCCGCCCCACCCCCCACCCCCUCCCCUAUAUACAAGCCGGCCAUCAGGCUCUUUAAUUUAGAAACUUGAAGCUUUGUUUAUUUCCCUUCGUGACGAUGACACUCUGCAAAGAUCUAUGGACAAGAAGCGAUAGGUUGUGGUCCUCCAUUUAGAAUUUCUAUAUAAAGUGGCCUUACUGAUAGAAACUGCUUUGUCAUCUGAAGAGAACUUUGCUUGUCUCACGGGCUUCUGCCUGCCUCUGGAUCUCAACACUUUGGGACAAAAGAAACCCCAUAUACAAAAGAAAAUAAUCCCUCUGUUCAAGAAUGUAGUGCUGUUGUAGUUUGCCUGGUGAUUGCAACGACUAACUGUCUUUUUAUAUCCACUGUUAUAUUUUGCUGCCCCUAAUUCGUUUCGGUCUUUUUAGACAUCGGAUAAAUAGAAAUUAAAAAGCUGGUUUCUAAUCAAUUCUUUUUUCUUUUCUUUUUUGGUAACAAAUAUUUCACUGUGGUUUGACACCAGAUGUUCACAGAUGUUACAGUAUCGAGAAAAAUGACGGGAAACCACUUUAAAAGUAUAAUUUCUUCCGUUUUUUUUCUUUGGGCCGUACUGAGUUCACAAGAUCUUUUUUAUUAUUUGGUAAGUGCUACAUUUCAAUCUCAGUUUUAAGACUUCUUUUUUUUUUUUUUUUUUAAUUACGGCUUUCCUCACAAGUAAACGUGCUGUGUCAGCCCUUAUUGCAGUAGAACAGGGAGCUUGUGCAUAACUUAAUUUCUCGAGAGCAACGACUCGUCGGUAAAACCAUACGGUCACCAAACCAGUACAACAGUGGUGCGCCCAGUUAAAAAUCAAAUGGGUUUUUACUACAAGCAUAGUUAUGUUUGGGAAGGUAAAGAACUGGAUUUAUGUUCUAUGUUUCUGUCCUUUCCAUAAAAGAUGUCGGGGAGAGAUUAUCCCCGCUGGAACACUUUGGGUGGACGUAGAUAAUAUUUGUGAUGAAAAGAGAGCCGAACACAAAAAAAAAAUAAAGUGAUCCUUGUGAUUUGAAGUCUUGUCUGAAUCUUUAAACGUUGAAAUUGGGGAUUUGCUGUAGACUGUCUUUUUUUUAUUUCAUUUUUUCAGAAAAAGUGCUGUUUAUUUGUAAACUGAAGACCUGUGUUAACCUGCUAUCCUUCCCAUAAUCUAAUUGGUGUCUCAUUUUGACAAAGCGUGGAAAAAUUAUCAAAAGUUUCAGCUCUUUUUGGAAAAAGUAGACCUUAUACCAAGCAUAUUAACAAAUAAAAACCUUUUUCUCACA